CUAGACGGUCAUUGGAUAAAUGCUGGGCUUUGUCCCGCCCAUCGGACGCUCAGCGUCUCUGGGGGUCUAUGGGACAGUGGGCUGGCCCGGACGCUCGGCUUCUGCAUGAUGAUUGGAUGGUCUGUCUGAGGCUGAGUCCCUUUUUGAUUGACAGCGAAAUGAGCGAAUCAGCGAUCUUGAAGUAUAAGCAUCCACCGGAGCAGUUUUCAAGUUUUUCAUUCCGUUGUUCGGAGUUGAUCUGGAGACGUUACUGAUCCUCAUCGACUUUGUCUUUGUUAAAAACGACUAGCAUUGUGUUUGGCGACUCUCUUCUGUCACUCUGCGAAUUUACAUAUAAAUAAACUGACACAUUUUAUGAUGUAGGGUGAAAAUGAGCUUCCCCUCCUUAUAGGACCAGCAGCCGCCACUGAUUGGAUAUUUUCCUCAUUCACAUUGCCAAGAUGCUUCCUGGAUUGAGAAAAAUCUCGGUUCUCACUUCCCUGCUGUGCAUCGCUGCAAUUGCUGUGUUUUUUAACUCUUCACGGAAUUUAUCUGUAUUUUCCCUCGGAUCUCACAAGUCAAGUCUUUGUUCCUGUCACAAGUGUUUAACAGAUGGCGAUCCGCGGUUUACGGAAAUAAACACUUCAUCUCCCAAGCCUUUUUUGUCGAGAAAAAUUAUGAUCUCAGAGGAUGAUUUCAAUUGGUGGAAGCGCAUAUAUUCGGAAAGGUACAACUUCAGUUUCUACAAUGCAACAGUGGUGAACAUCUUCAAGACUUUCCCACCCGUUCCUGAUGUUGUAGAAGCCAGCCCUGACCGCUGCAGGACUUGUGCUGUGGUGGGGAAUUCUGGUAAUUUGAAGGGAUCACAUUAUGGACCUCUGAUAGACUUCCAUGAUGUCAUAAUAAGAAUAAACCGUGGCCGUACCAAAGGCUUUGAAGCAGAUGUUGGGAAAAGAACAACCCAUCAUGUCAUGUACCCAGAGAGCGCUGUUCCUUUGGACAACACCACUCAUCUUGUGCUGGUUCCAUUCAAGAUAAAGGACUUACUCUGGCUUCUCCAGAAAUUCAAUCAAGGGGAAAAUAGUGCAGUGAACUCAAAGAGGAUGGCUAACAAGGAUCUGGUGAUGAUCCUCAGUCCAGCUUUCAUGAAAUAUGUUCAUGAGAUUUGGCUCAGCAAGAACGGCAGUUAUCCAUCCACUGGCUUUCUGACUUUCGCUCUCAGCAUGUUCAUUUGCGAUGAGGUCAGUGUGUUUGGGUUUGGAGCAAACAAAGAUGGAAACUGGGAUCAUUACUUUGAAACACUCAAAAACAAACACCUGAGAACUGGAGCUCAUGCUGGAUCGCAUGAAUAUGACGUUAUUCAGCAACUACACAAGAAGCAGAAAAUCCAGUUUUUUAAAGGAUGGUAAUGUUUUGCUUCUCUCUUUUUGUUUGUGUUUCUUUCUAUUUCUGUCAAUUGCCUAGAGAGCAUUAGAAAGCAUUUUUCAUUGAGUGUGUUCAUGCUUAGGGCAGUCAUUUUGUGAACUUCAGUUUGGGUUAUUGUAUCAGUUGACUCCUUUUUUUAUCUCCUCGCUGCGAUCCUCGACCGCAGUGGCAAAUAGGUUUUGUUGAAAAUGUAAUCUCUGGCUGGAUUAUGUUCAGAGGCAGAGUAUUUUAUUAAGGAAUAAGAGUCAAGGUUAGGGAAAGGUCAUGGUUUUGUUUGUAAUUUCUGAAUUAUAGUGUAUUAAUAUAAAGUAAUAUUUCAAUCAGGAGAGAAUUCAUUCUGAAUCGACAAAUAAACUUGUGUUGCGAGAGGAAAAGUGAGAGAUGUGAGAGUCUUUGGCGACUAGACCCCAUUGUGAUGUCAUGAUAUGUGAAAAGGGGAUGAGGCUGUGUGAAGUAUAGGAAACCCCCCGGGGUCUAGACACUGGUGGUGGUGGGAAGAAGAGAAGCUGGAGUUCUGGGUGUGAUGAGGACUCUGAUGAGCUCGACCUGGCACUGGAUAUAAAGACUGGAGGUGGAUGGGGUGGAGGAGGGUCGCAGCAAUAUGAACUGACAGCUGCCAGCGGAAGAGGGCAGAAUGGAUUUUAAAGUUUGACAGUGACAACGCAACGUCCGGCUGGUUUAGGUUGUGGCGAAAUACGAUUUGGUCACUGGAAACACCUGAAGUAAGCCGAUUACAAUAAGUGGGGUGAGAGAAGGAAAGAGAAUUGUGAAUGAAAAUGACAAAGUUAGUCUUCUUGAUUGAACUUGAUCAAAACAAGCUUCAUUUCAUAGUUUGUAUAAUGUACACUCUCCUUUAAUGUGGAAUUAUAUUUGUGGAAUAUGCUGGAGGAUUUUUUCUCUUCCCCCAUAUGUUUUACUUUUUCUAGUUUUACUUUAAUAGGACACCUGUACGCAGCCAAUCAUGUGACAGCUGUGCAAUGCAUGACAUGUGUCAAGGCAACAGAGAACAUUCAGAAUGGUAUGAGAAGAGAGGUCGGAGGAGAAUGACCAGGCUGGUUGGAGCUGACAGAAACUGGCGUCAACAGCAUGAAUCCAUGGACACACCUUGUGUCAACAAUCCAGGCUGGUGGUGGUGUAAUGUUCUUGGGAAUAUUUUUCUUGGCACACUUCAGGCCAUUUUAUCACCAAUUAAUCACGGCUUGAAUGCCGCAUCCUGUUUGAUUGUUGUUGCUGGCCAAUGUGAGUUAAACAUUUAUUUAUCUCUGCACUUAUUAUCUGUUGUAAAGCACUUUGGUACACCGAAAGGAUUGUUGUAAAGGGCUUUAUAAAUAAAGUACAUUUACAUUUACAAACAAACAAAAUGUGUCAGAUAAAUAUAUUAGCGGCUGCUAAUUAGCUUAAUUUAGGUGUGUCAUGCCCUUCAGCAUGUACUGUGCCAGGAACUCUGAUUUUUAUGCUUUGCCAUAUUUUGUAAAAAAUUAAUAAAACUCUUGACAUUGAUGGGCACACAACCAGACUGUAAGUUAUGGGACUGGUUUCACUAGAAGGGCGAGGCAUUCAAACUGCUCCCUGGGAGGAAACUAAAGUUGUUAAACAGGGAAUUCAUAACAGUGAUGGCUUUUUGUCGUUUGGAUAUUGACAAAUUUAAAUGUUCCUUACAGCUUUAUUCAGACACAACAGGACAUUUAUGGAAAGGGCUGCAUGUGUGCAGUCUAUUUAGCAUCAGGCGUCUGGUGGCUUUUAAACUUAUUUUGGCCUGGAAGCCUUAAUUUCUCUAGUGAUUCUCUGAUGAUUUCCUAAACGAAUUACCUCAUUAAUUUCAUCAUUUAUUAGGAAAUUCUGCUGCCUGCUUUAUAAUGUCUGACACAAGGACAGAAUGACCAAAUAUUAAGGUAUUAACUGUUAGAUCUUUCCUAACGUGUGUGCAUACAGAAAGUGCUGUUAGUUGUUGACUUGGUUAAGGGGGUUUGAUCAACACAUGUCUGUUAUAGAAAUAAGCAAAAAAGUAACACACACAACAAAUCAAACUACUGAACAAUAACAAAAGACAGGAGAUGGAUAAGGGCGGCCACCAUCAUAUAACUCUUUUCUACUUUAAUUUUAAUUUAAUGAUCUGUAACCUGCAGAUUACCAUAACCUGAACCGUUUGAGAUCUUAUUGGGAGAACU